CUCGCACUACGAGACAGCAGAGAGGGCAGUGUGCCAAAGGGUUCAGGGUUUUACGUCAAACCCCCCAAAAGCCCUAAAACCGGACACCACAACCAUGGCGCGCUUCUCUCGACCCUCCACACCACGCCUCCUCUACACCCUCUACACCAGCCCAUCCAAAACGGUACAGUCUCCUUCUCCAUCCCCAUCUCCCUCUCCAUCACCAGCCUCCUCUCUCCUCCUCGGCUAUUUCCACCUCCGCCAAUUCUCUUCCGGCAAUCUCGCACGUGCCAAGGAGGACAAAGAGCCAUGGUGGAAGGACUCCAUGGACAAGCUCCGAAACAUCGGAAUAUCGGCCCACAUAGACUCCGGCAAGACCACCCUCACCGAGAGAGUUCUGUUUUACACUGGGAAGAUCCAUGAGAUUCAUGAGGUUAGAGGCAGAGAUGGAGUUGGCGCGAAAAUGGAUUCCAUGGAUUUGGAAAGAGAGAAGGGGAUUACCAUUCAGUCUGCUGCCACUUAUUGUACUUGGAAUGGCUAUCAGGUUAACAUAAUAGACACCCCUGGUCACGUUGAUUUCACCAUUGAGGUUGAGAGAGCUUUGCGUGUUCUUGAUGGUGCCAUUCUUGUCCUUUGUAGUGUUGGUGGUGUGCAAAGUCAGUCAAUUACUGUUGAUCGACAAAUGAGAAGAUAUGAGGUUCCAAGACUUGCAUUUAUAAACAAACUUGACCGUAUGGGAGCAGAUCCGUGGAAAGUUCUGAACCAGGCAAGGGCUAAGCUCCGGCAUCACAGUGCUGCCAUGCAAGUUCCGAUUGGGUUGGAAGAAGAUUUUAAGGGUCUUGUUGACCUUGUGCAGAUGAAAGCUUUGUAUUUUCAUGGUUCCAGUGGUGAAAAAAUCGUUAUUGAAGAAGUUCCUGCUGAUAUGGAGGCGUUAGUCACAGAAAAGAGGCGUGAGCUAAUUGAGGUUGUAUCUGAAGUUGAUGACAAACUAGCUGAAGCAUUUCUUGCUGAUGAACCUAUAUCGUCCACUGAUCUUGAGGAAGCUGUGCGGAGGGCUACUAUAGCACAGAAAUUCAUACCUGUGUUCAUGGGUAGUGCAUUUAAAAACAAGGGUGUACAGCCACUUUUGAAUGCUGUACUUAGUUAUUUGCCCUGUCCAAUUGAAGUCAGUAACUAUGCUCUUGACCAGACUAAGAAUGAAGAGAAGGUUGCAUUGGGUGGAACUCCAGAUGGGCCUCUUGUAGCACUGGCUUUCAAAUUGGAGGAAGGGCGUUUUGGUCAAUUAACAUAUCUAAGAAUCUAUGAAGGUGUCAUUCGGAAGGGUGAUUUUAUUUUCAACAUUAACACUGGUAAGAAGAUUAAGGUCCCUCGCUUGGUCCGGAUGCAUUCAGAUGAGAUGGAGGAUAUUCAAGAAGCACAUGCUGGGCAAAUCGUUGCUGUAUUUGGUGUAGACUGUGCAUCAGGAGAUACAUUUACUGAUGGGUCAGUUAAAUAUACAAUGACUUCUAUGAAUGUCCCUGAGCCAGUGAUGUCAUUAGCUGUUCAACCAGUUUCAAAAGAUUCUGGAGGACAAUUUUCGAAGGCUUUGAAUCGUUUUCAGAAAGAGGAUCCUACAUUCCGUGUUGGCUUGGACCCUGAGAGUGGACAGACAAUCAUCUCUGGAAUGGGAGAGCUGCAUUUGGACAUUUAUGUUGAACGCAUUCGGAGAGAAUAUAAGGUUGAUGCCACUGUUGGAAAACCUCGUGUAAACUUCAGAGAGACUGUUACUCAACGGGCUGAAUUUGAUUAUUUACAUAAGAAGCAAUCUGGAGGACAAGGUCAAUAUGGGCGGGUAUGUGGAUAUGUUGAACCGCUGCCUGCCGGGUCACCAACCAAGUUUGAAUUUGAAAACAUGAUUGUGGGACAAGCUAUACCUUCAAAUUUUAUCCCAGCUAUUGAGAAGGGUUUCAAAGAAGCAGCCAAUUCGGGUUCCUUAAUUGGACAUCCAGUUGAACACGUUCAUGUUGUUUUAACUGAUGGCGCUGCCCAUGCUGUGGAUUCCAGUGAACUUGCCUUUAAAUUAGCUGCAAUAUAUGCAUUUAGAAAGUGCUAUACGGCUGCAAAACCAGUGAUAUUGGAGCCUGUUAUGCUCGUUGAGUUGAAAGUACCUAUGGAGUUUCAGGGAACUGUAGCGGGUGAUAUUAAUAAGAGGAAAGGUGUUAUUAUUGGAAAUGACCAGGAGGGAGAUGACUCUGUUAUUACUGCCCAUGUUCCUCUGAACAAUAUGUUUGGGUAUUCGACUGCCCUUCGAUCAAUGACACAGGGAAAAGGUGAAUUCACAAUGGAGUACAAAGAGCACUCGCCGGUUUCUCACGACGUGCAAACGCAAUUGAUAAACAAUUACAAGGGCACCCAUGCUGCUGAAUAGCACACGAUGUCCAGACACAGUUGAUAAACAAUUACAAGGGCACCAGUGCUGCUGAAUAGCAUGUGUUUCGUCGAAUGCAUUUGCUCCUUUUUUAAGUUGCCGGAGUCCAAUAUGUUUGUUAUAAUGUUAAAAUUUUGAAACUUUAAUAUUAUUAAUUCUUUUAGGAAAAGAGUAAUCUGUGUUACAUGAUCCAUAAUUUUGAAAAGCACCAAUAAAACUCAAAUUGCCUAUUAAGGGCUGAGAUGAUGUAUCACUUUCUCCUAAACUGUGUAUCAUAUAGUUUCCUUUAAUUAUUUUGGGCUGAAUACUUGUACUGUACCAUUAUUAUAAAAAGAUAAUGGGUUUGCCCUAAAUACAUUUAAGGCAUUUUUCAACA